AUGUAUCACACUCUAGCAAACUGCCUGCCAAUUUGCCAAGCCAAGAAUGGUGUACAGCUUAGGCUUAGUGUCGCUGACCUUUCGUCACGGCAGCUGGCGACAGGAGCCGCACAGAGGCUAGCAACAGUCCACGACACAAAACAUAGGCUGGAAAUCCCGAAAGUGCGGAUCGUUGAAGUUUCUCCACGUGACGGCCUUCAGAAUGAGGAGAAGGUUCUCUCGCUCGAUGAUAAGAUCACCUUCAUCAAUAUGCUUGAAACUGCGGGUCUCUCGACGAUCGAAAUUGCAUCUUUUGUAAACCCGGUGAAAGUGCCUCAAAUGGCUGACGCAGCAGCACUCACCCGCCAGUUCUGUUCCAGAAGUAAAAACAUUGGCGGUCUCAGCCCGACAUUCCAGGUUUUAGUUGCCAACAUGCGAGGGUUUGAGGAAGCGGCUGAAGCCGGUGCGCAGGAAAUAUCGCUGUUCACGGCCACAACUGACGCUUUUUGCAGAGCGAACAUCAAUACGACAGUGUCAGAAAGUUUAAAAAAGUUCAGCGUCAUUGCGCGGGAGGCAGCCGACCGUGGCAUCAAGACGAGAGGGUAUGUCUCGUGCAUUUUCGAAUGCCCAUAUCAAGGCAAGGUUGCUCCGACGACAGUCGUCCAAGUCGCCCGUCACCUCCUUGACAUGGGAUGCUACGAAGUCAGUCUUGGUGACACGCUCGGUGUUGGCACCGCUGGACCAACUCUGAACCUCAUGGAAGAGCUUCAUCGGAACAACUUUCCGAUGGAAACUGUGGCGAUGCAUCUUCACGACACAUACGGGCAAGCUCUGGCCAACAUUCUAGUUUCGAUUGUCCACGGAGGAGUUCGAGUUGUCGAUACUGCGGUGGCUGGUCUGGGAGGUUGUCCAUUUGCUACGGUACCUCUCCCUACUUCUCCACGCUGGGUGGAUCCUGCAGCAGCCACAGCAGCUGUAGCUGCAGCUGCGGCAGCCAAGAGACUGGAAGCGGACGAAAAAUGGGCGCGGGGCAUGAUUUCACCAGGAACUACAUCUACGACCACUGCCGUGCCCCACACCGUUCAUCACGUCCAUAGAACUACAGGAGAUAUAUGUCGUCCAUCAAUGCCUCCACAAGCGCAGGUUAUUUAUCCUCGAGUAGCACCUGGGAACGUAUCCACAGAAGAUGUAGUGUACAUGCUUGAAAACUCGGGCAUAGACACUGGUGUACGUCUAGAAGCGUUGCUGGACGCAAGCGCCUUUAUAUGCAGCCGCUUGCACCGGAGCAGCAAUUCGAAGGCAGCAGCAGCGCUGAGUGGCAGAAAGGAGCAAGAAAUGAUGAACCGCCAGUUUAUCAGAUGUGAACGCGCUGACUGA